AUGGAUGUCCAUUAUGACAAGAACCCAGUAUCAAGUGCAUUGACUCAGGGUGAUCAGGUCACUAGCCCUGUCCUGUGGCAGUGCCUGUAUGUGAUCAAAACUGCGUCAGAGUUUUGCAACUUGACUUACAGGGUUACAAAAACGCACAAUGAUGUGGAAAUACUUAUUGUCUUUAGAGAAGGAGUCUUGGGAGUGUUUGGGCCCCCAGUGGAACCCAUCUCACUGACGCUAGAUCCCACGGGCAGAUGUUUGCUGUCAGUCCUGUUUAAACCCAUUGGAGCGUGUGAGCAUCGUGAACCAAGAGAGUGGUCAGAUUGA